AUGCCUGAGGCCUCAACCACGCUACAUGAGACGGACCCACGGCGCGCAAGUAAGGCGCGGGCUGCCGAGCCCAGCCCCGCUCCCCCCCCACCUGGCCGGGGGGGUGAUCCCGGCCCAAAGUCUGAACUUCGGAGGCUGGAGGAGGAGGCACACGAGGAGCAUGACGCUCCGGUAUACGGAGCUACAAUGGCCGACGGAUACACCAUGCUAACGCUGCACCACGGGGUGACUCACGCACACGCAGCAGAGACCCUGCACUGGGAUACCGAGACCUCCGGGAUGGCGGACCCACGACUGGACCCCCAUGGGCGGCAGACGUGCCGAUGGAGAACCAGCCCUGAACCCCGGAUUGGGUGGUGGUCCGGGGGAAAACAGCCCCCAACACUGUGA